CCCCCGCUUCGACCUCUCUAGGACGUUCUUCAGUCGUGGAUGGAGUGGCUGCGCUUUGUUCCGGUCAAGGCCGGAAGUAGGCUACUGGCGGGCGUUGCCGUGGAAACGCGGCGCUGUUUACCACCGAGGAGGACCGGACCUGCGGCGAGGCAGCGAGAAGGGCUGCUGGAUGGAGCCGCUGCGAGGGUUGAAAAUCUGCAACUCCCAGGAGGUGCAGGCGGAGAUCCUCUCAGACUGACUGGCCUGUUUGAUCCUCUGGAGCUUUUGAGCUGUCAGUCCUUUUGAGCCGAUGGAGCAUCUUCUGCAUGUCUCCUGAAAAGCAAUGGCUGCUGCCUCGCACCUGAACAUCUCAUCCUCUGAACGGAAGACCUCCUUUGGCAUUGCAAAGCCUCCCAUCUGGCAGCCACAUUCCCUCAGCAUGCAUGUCACCCGGCCAAAAUCUGCAAAGGGGCGCACGAGGUCCAACUUGAAUUACUCCCACAGCAUAGAAGCCUACUCCUACCAGGUGCCAUCGUCUCCUCAGCCAUUAGCUCCCUGCGAAGAUGCUGCAAGUAGCCGAAAGACCUUGUCGACCCAGCAGCUGUACCAACCUGUUCAGGUGUUCCCUGCUGAAAUCCCGGAUCUCCUCCAGCAGGUGCCCAUGAGAACUUCCUCCUCCUUAAACAAGUACAGAGUGCUGCCAUCCAUCAGCAGGAAAGAACUGCAGAAGGGUGCCGUGGAGAUGAUGUCUGAGCAGGCUGGUCAGCUCCAAGGGAUUCCCCAACCAGAAGAGAAACAGCAAGGCUUCAAAGAGCUUCUUCCCCUAGCGGGGAAAGCCUCCACCACUACCAUGGCAAAACACAAAGGGGGUGGUGGUGAAUACGCUCAGAAUCCACCUCCUCUUCUGGAGACAAAGCCCCGAAGUAAAACAACGGAAGGGGCCCAUCCCGUGCUGAAUUUGGAAGAGCCCAGCGAGAAGGAGCCGAGGUUGCUUCUUGCCAUCAGGUCUCCUUCAGGUCACAGGUUUGAGCAUCACUUCAGGCCGACAGACAGCUUGAAAACCGUCCUUACAGUGGCGGAGCAAAAGAACUCAGUCGUGUACAGACGCUGCAGCAUUGAAACAGUGGAAGUGCCUCGGAGGACCUUCGCGGACCUCACCAAGUCCUUGCAAGAGUGCGGGAUCCCUCACAAGUCAGUGUUGUGUAUCCUGCAGGAGGCGCAAGAAGGGGAGCUGUAAGCGUCCAGAGGCAGUUCUUUGCAUUAAAUGCCAUUGGAGAGUGGAUCUCCUUUAGAUCCA